CUUUUCGUCUGUUCUUCACGCUCAUUCUUUUUCUCCCUUUCUUUUCUCGACCCAUUCUGCAUGACUCCAUAAACAGCCGUGAAGGCUUCGAUUCCUCCAUCGCAUCCGUCCCAUCAUGACUUACAACGCCGUCUCGCAAUCCGACCAACAUGAGGUUACCUCCAACACGAGCGACCAGGACAAUCGAGGAGGAGAUCGGUUGGACGCACGGGAGCCUAUCCGCAGCCUCGGAUCGAUGAUUCGUUCCAUGACUGCCAUGAGCUACGAGACUGUCGAGGACGACGACUACGAGGAGAUCGCCGCCGAUCAUGCCGCUACCCGGAAGUCCAUCGAUCCGCCCACCACGACUAGCGAUGGAUUCCCUCGUCCACUGCCUCCUCCGAUCAACACGGCCGCCGCCGCCGCCACUCGCUCCGACUCCACCGAGGAACCCGCCCUGCGGACGCCCAUCUCCGAUGUCCCCGUGCCCCUGAGCCACCCGACCCCCGACCUGCAGUCCCUCCAGGGCGCCUAUGUCACCAAUGUCGAGCGACUGGAGCAGAGCGCCGAACGCAUGAGCUGCAGCUCCGCCGAUAUUGGCCGCGAGAUCCGCAAGAUGGACCAGGCCCAGAAGCGACGCUCCUCCGGGUCCACCUCCCACCCUGUGGGGAGCCUGGACGGCUCGCCCCGCCGCACCCAUGCCCGCUCCCGCCAGGCCUCCAUCCAGUCCGCCGCGCGCCUCGCCCAGGUGUGCGAAAAUGGCCCCGGCGAUCGCCGCUCCGGUCCCGUGCCAGCUCCUCUCCUGCCCCUCCCCCCGGCCCUCGCUCAGCCGACCGGUUUCGACCCGCUCCUUCCCCUCGACAAUCCCUACGACCUCGAUCGCCCCGUGUCGGCCGCCUCCAACGACACCUACCAGCAAGCGCGUGUCUUGUUCACCGAUUUCGAUGGCGUCCACUACCAUCCGGACCGCACCGACGCCCGGGGGCCCCGCGUGUCCUUGACCCGGCCGCCCCUGGCCGCGCGGCCCGAGUCGUUCCAGGAGCCCCCGCCCGGCGAGCGCAUGGUCUACUACCCGGCGCCCGUCCCGAUGAUGCUCAAUCUGCCCCCGCGACUGUCCCAGCGGCCAAUCGCGGAGCGGGAGAAGCGGAGAACCCAGCUCCUCGGGACCGUCGCGGCGGCCGACCGCCAGUCAACCGCGGGGCGGCGGCUGGGUCCGGACGCGGGGGAGGACCCGCCGCGCGAGAAAGCCGCGACCGAGAUUGCCCCCCACCUGCGUGCCAGUGUCUUCUUCGACCCCCCCGGCGCGCCGGCCCUAGACGUGGACGUCAAGAAAGAGUCCGCCGUCGCGACGCUGGAGAGCAUCCUCGACGCCUCCACCCGGGCCCCGGUCAGCGCCUUUACCGAUCACCCAUUUGCCGGCCAUCUCGGCCCGGAGGUGUACGGCAGCGCGCGCCCCCGGGCGACGGGUGCCCCUGACCGGGCUGCGUCCGACUCGGACCUGCACUCAGUGUCCCUCACGGGCACCGGCGAACACGGGCCGAGCGAGGCGGAGGCCACCCGUGCCCACGAGGGCACGGCCCUGCGCGACGAGUCGCCGGGGGCGCCCGACGGCGCCGAUGCUCCCCCGGCGCCCGCCGACGCGGCCGACAGCGGGGACGACGUGCCCUUCACCGGACCCCCGACCACCCUGUUGGCAGAGCUGGAGAUGCGGAAGCACGAGCUGAAGCAGCGGCGGCGCACGGCCGCCACCGCCGGGGGCCUGCAUUCCACCUUGCUGCAGAUGGAUGCCGUCGCGCAGAAGCAGAGCGAGCACCGGCGCGCGCGCCCCGUAGCCCUGGCGUGGGAGAGUCCCACCCUGCACCAGCAGGACGCGGGCGACGACGAGGACGUCCCGCUGGCCAUGCUGUUUCCCGAGCAGGCGCAGCCGCCCGAGGACGGGCGGCCCCUCGGCCUCAUGGCGCGGCGGGCGAUGGAGGAGUCGGAGCCCCUGAGCCGACGGCGCGCGCGACUCCGCGGAGACGGCUCCCCCGCGCCGCCGCCGCGGACCUCGGACCGACGACCGGUGACCAUGUAUGCGCAUGGACCGGCGCCCGGGACGACCGCCGCGGCCAACCCGGACGCCGCCGACGACGACAACGACGACGAGGACGAGGGCGAGACGCUCGGGGCGCGCCUCCAGCGAUUGAAGGCGCACCACCGGCAGAGCACCGCGGGACAGAGCGAGUUCGCCAGCGAGAUCUUCGCGGAGUUCCGUCAACUGGGUGGGGCGGACGGCGACGACGACGGGACGGGGGCCGGUGGUCCCCCGGAACCCGAGGACGAGACGCUGGCCCAGCGGCGGGCGCGUCUGCACCGGGAGGCGGCCGCGGAGCUCCCGAAGAACUCGACCCUGACGAUUCCGCGGUAUCGGCGCAGCAUGGCGGAUCUCCUCCAUGCCCGCCGUCCGACGACGGAGGGACGGCCCGCCGCACCGGCCACGGGGGGUGCCCCCAGUGGUCUAGGUCAUCAGCACACGCAGUCCCAGUUGUCGCUCCCGUUUACGGCGCCGCCCGGGGUAGUUCCGCCCGGGGUAGUUCCGCCCGGCGUCGCUCCACCGGGCACAGCGGGCGCCCCGUAUGUCCCGCCAUCGGGGUAUGGCAUAGUGCACCCAAAUACCUUUUACACCGAUGCCAUCCUGGGGAAACACCCGAUGAGCUAUGCGGUGCCCCGGCAGCCUGGCCCUCCAGGGGUCGGACGGCCCGGCGGCCAGCGCGAGAUGAUUGACCGUUGGCGGCAGAGCAUCGCCUAGUAUCGAUCUUUAUUUGAUUCUUUCUUUAUCUCUUUUCUCUCUCUAUUUCUUUUCCUUUAACUUUGUCUCUCCCUUUCACCCUUUUCUUUUUUUCUUUUUUCUUAUCUCUUUUUAAUCAAUGUAUUGGCAUGUCGGAGCAUCGGGUUGGUUCUGACGGUUGGGACGCAUGCACGGGUUGUAGAUUAGCGCUGGCUUGUUAUUUUUUUGGCAUUCUGUCUUGUAUUAUAAUAUCUCUAAUAUCUCCAUCUUCUCAUUGUCGGAUUUCGGUUUGUUCGUGAUUCGACCUUGCUGGAUGGUCACCUUGAAUAUAUCUUUUUAAACCAAUGU